GUUUGCCUGACCCCAAAACCGCAGCCAAGGGUUUUACAUAAACCCCAGGCAGCCCUUGUCUCUUCCGCGCUCCCUCUCUCUAGAAAAACCUCCCAAAAGUUUCUCUCUCCUCUCCAUCCGCAGAUAUGUCGACCAGAGGCCCUGCCCUCUUCUCCGCCAUUGGCAAGAAAGCCACAGACUUGCUUAACAGGGACUAUAACACUGACCAGAAGAUCAACAUUACCACCUACACUGAAACUGGACUUGCCCUUAACUCGGGUUUGGCUAAUAACGGAGGUCUGUCUUCUGGGGAUAUAGCAGCACAAUACAAAUACAAGAAUGUCGCGCUCGAUGUCAAAGCUGAUACACAAUCAAAUGUCUCAACAAUGCUCACUGUCACUGACAUCUUGCCUUCUACCAAAACCAUCGCUUCAAUCAAACUCCCUGAUUACAAAUCUGGCAAGUUGGAAGUCCAGUAUCUUCACGAACAUGCAUCCUUCACAACCGCUGUUGGUCUGAACGAGUCCCCUGCUGUGGACUUUUCGGCAACCAUUGGUACCCCGGCCAUUGCCUUUGGAGCAGAAGCUAGUUUCUUGACAGGUUCCAGAGUGUUUUCUAAGUACAAUGCCGGUGUCAGCUUUACACAGCACGAUUCAACAGCUUCUGUGAUUCUGGCUGACAAAGGAGAUUCACUACGGGCGUCAUACGUGCAUCAACUGAGCAGGCUGAAUGGGGGAGCUGUAGUUGGAGAGGUGAACAGAAAGUUCUCCACGAACGAGAACACGCUAACAGUCGGAGGUUCAUACGUGGUUGACCCUGAGACGGUUGUGAAGGCGAGGCUCAACAACCACGGCAAUCUUGGGGCUCUUUUGCAGCACCAGCUCACACCCAAAUCUUCACUUACACUCUCUGCAGCCUUUGACACCAAGGCAUUAGAGAGGCAUCCGAACUUCGGGUUGGCGCUCUCCCUCAAGCCCUAAACAGUUCUAAGAAUUUUGCCAAUGAAAUUUCACAAUUGUUUCUCGAGAAAAAACUUGAGUGUAAACGGUGAUAUGUCAACGUAAUGAUUACUCAUAUCUUGAGUACAUUACAAAUCUAUUUAAUGACAAUUUGUUUUAAAAGUCUCUAAUCAGUCGUUAAA